CAGUGACAGAAAAAUCAGGAGGUCAACAGAGGUAAGAGAAGAGGAGAGGUGUCUAAAUGGAAGUGAGAAUCAAUAACUUGCUUGUGAAAAUCUGACUUAUGUAAUUUUUAAAGACCCUCAAAAUAAGAGAAGAAUAAAAGAGAAAUUUAAAAGAAAACAGAAACAGCCAAAGAGGUGAGACACAGACAUUUUGAUUGGGGGGGUUGUCUAACUACACAAUGAGGUCAUUCCAUCUCCCGGAAGUGACACGUAAUCACCUGCUUUGCACUAGCUCCGCCCCUUCCCUCAAAGGUCCCGCCCCUCCACCAGCAGCCAGGAGGGUGUUAGGGGGCGUUUCUCCAGGAGGAAAGCUGUGAGCUGCGACGCUGAGGAAGGGGACCCCAAAACGUCUGGCACUGCCCCCUCCAGGGAUCACUUUGGACCGCCUCACUCGGCCCAGCCGGAUUCUGAAACGCCGAGGGGUCAACCUGAUGGGUUUCGGGGUCAACGGAAGAGGGGAAGGGGAGCCCUGGCGGGGAGAACCCCCCGGUCCCCCGCCCAGCAGCUGAGGCACAGGAGGGCGGCCAUCUUGGCCGGGAGGGUAGGGCUGGGGAGCUGCGGGCGCCGUGCGAUUGGGGGGCUCGCCCGGAAGUGACGCCAACUACCCGGAAGCGGAGGGGGUUCCCUGGCCCACUCCCCCCUCGUUCGUUUGCUCCCCCGCUUCCUCCCCGCCCCCCUUCCUCUCCAUUCGUUUCCCCCCCUCCCCGUUCCCUGCCUUCUUCCCCCCCCCGCCGUCCCUCCCCCCCAACCUCCGGAGCUGGGAAGAGAGUCAAGAUGGCGGCGAAAUCCGAUGGCGGUGGCGUGGGGGUGGGCUUCGCUCAGCUGCACAACCUGGACGAGGCGGUGGGCAGUGGCGGCGAGGAGGACGGGGAGCCCGGGGGAGGCGGCUGCGGCGGCGGCGGCGACGGCAGCGAGCCCGGCGAGAGCAGCUCGCUGCACAUCUGCCACUGCUGCAACACCUCCUCGUGCUACUGGGGCUGCCGCUCCGCCUGCCUGCGCUCCCUCCUGGGCAAGAAGCCGCGCCGCAGCGCCGCCGCCGACGGGGGGGACCAGCCGCUGCAGCCUCCCGCGGCCCCCGGCGCCGACCGCCAACCCCCGACGCCCUCGGCCGCGCGGCCAGAGCCGCCGCCGCCGCAGGUGGAGCGGCCGUGGCUCGACUGCCUGUGGAUCGUGCUGGCGCUGCUGGUGUUCUUCGGGGACGUGGGCACCGACCUGUGGCUGGCCCUCGACUACUACCGCAAGGGGGACUACGGCUACUUCGGGCUGACCCUCUUCUUCGUGCUGGUGCCGUCGCUGCUGGUGCAGAGCCUGAGCUUCCGCUGGUUCGUGCAGGACUACACGGGCGGCGGGCUGGGCGCCGUGGAGGGGCUCAGCAGCCGGGGCCCCCCCAUGAUGGGGGCCGUCUACGGCGCGGCCCGCGGCGUCCCAGGCGCGGGGGUCUCGGCCACGCCGGGGGCGCAGCGCCUGUGCCGCCUCUCCGUGUGGAUCUGGCAGUCGGUCAUCCACCUGCUGCAGAUGGGGCAGGUGUGGAGGUAUAUCCGCACCAUGUACCUGGGGAUUCAGAGCCAGCGGCGGAAGGAACACCAGCGACGCUUCUACUGGGCUAUGAUGUAUGAAUAUGCAGACGUCAACAUGCUGCGCCUCCUGGAGACCUUCCUGGAGAGCGCGCCCCAACUGGUGCUACAGCUCUGCAUCAUGAUCCAGAAGAACAGCGCCGAGACCCUGCCCUGUGUCUCCUCUGUGACUUCCCUGAUGUCCCUGGCUUGGGUGCUAGCCUCCUAUCACAAGCUGCUGCGGGACUCCAGGGACGACAAGAAGAGCAUGAGCUACAGAGGGGCCGUCAUCCAGCUCUUCUGGCGCCUCUUCACCAUCUCAUCCCGAGUGAUCUCUUUUGCCCUCUUUGCUUCCAUCUUCCAGCUCUAUUUUGGGAUCUUCGUGGUGGUUCACUGGUGCGCCAUGGCCUUCUGGAUCAUCCAUGGCGGAACAGACUUCUGCAUGUCCAAGUGGGAGGAGAUCCUCUUCAACAUGGUGGUAGGGAUCGUGUACAUUUUCUGCUGGUUUAACGUCAAGGAAGGGCGGACUCGAUAUCGAAUGUUUGCAUAUUAUACGAUAGUCUUGACCGAGAAUGCUGCCUUGACGUUCCUUUGGUAUUUUUACAGAGACCCGGAGACCACUGACUCCUAUGCGGUGCCAGCACUGUGUUGUGUCUUUAUUAGCUUUGUGGCUGGGAUCGCACUGAUGCUCUUAUACUAUGGUGUGCUGCAUCCCAUGGGGCCACGAGCUAAGAUCCUUGCCAGCUCCUGUUGUGCCGAGCUGCUCUGGGGCAUCCCUUUGCCCCCCGAUGUUGAGCCCAUGGCGCCUCAGAUCCCUGGGUACCGGGGGACCCAGGUUACGCCCACCAGAGCCGUAACGGAACAACAGGAGGAUCUCACGGCUGACACUUGCUUGCCCGUUUUCCAAGUGAGACCCAUGGGGCCCCCUACCCCGUUGGGGCGUCCUUACCUCCCAGAAGGGCCCCUCAUUAAGAUUGACAUGCCAAGAAAGCGAUACCCAGCUUGGGAUGCUCAUUUUGUAGACAGGAGGCUGAGAAGGACUAUUAACAUUCUGCAGUACAUCACCCCCACCGCAGUAGGCAUUCGAUAUCGAGACGGACCACUCCUCUAUGAGUUGCUACAGUAUGAGUCUUCACUCUAAGAGCAUCUUGACCCAAAUUGAGAAGGGGACUUUAAGUUUGGUUUGCGGCAAACACCGCUUGCAAGAAAUAUAACCCUCCCUUCCCCCAAUACACAGAACCACCGCCACCACCACCAACACCGCCACACCAACACCACCACUACAAAAGAAAAAAAAAAUUAAUAAGUCACAACCCCUUCAAAUAAGCUUUCUUUCCAGUCGCUGUAUGUAUACAAAGAUAUUCUCUAUGUUUUGUAAGUAAAAACAAAAAGAAAACCUUUCUUUUGUUUUUUACACAUAAGAAACAGUAUUGAAAAAUCCCACGCUAUGGUUCAUAGAGUGGAGAGGGAGGAGUUGUCUCCACUCCAAAAGAAAAAAAAAAUGUUUUUUACCUUACACCAAGUGUAGAUCAUUUAUGGGAUUGGUGCUGAUUGAAAGAACAAAACAAAACAAAACAAACACAAACAAACAAAAAACCUUCAACUGCCUUAUGCCCUUAGGUGCUGAGUUUCAUUAAGUACUGUCACGUUUUCUCAUGCAAAACUCUCUGGUGAUUUUUGCACCAGGAGAGGGGAAAUUAAACAAUCAAAUGAAACAAUCUAAAAGUGAAACAAAAACCAACCAACAAAGACAACAUAAAGCAAUUAUUCUUCCUAUCUGAUUAUUUGUAUUGAAGAAAACAAAUUUACCAAAAGCGAAAGCAUAAAACCCGUCCCUCUUUUCAGUUUCUCCUCCUCCUCUCCGGACCUUCUCCCCACUUCGCAGAGCCUUCUAGGAGCUCGAGGGCUGUUUGAAACUCAAAUGGCUGGAGCAGCUACUUGAAGGCUGACUAUGUGCCAUUUCAGCAUUUGCCUAGCAAGAAUCACAUUUGUUUCCCAGUGAAAAGCAAACCAGAACAAAACAAAAAGCCACCCCAAUAAUUCGGUAAGGACAGGACAUUCUAAAGCAAAUUAAAGGAGAUUUCUAUAUACAUAAUCAGUAAUAAUAAAACUCAGCAUAGUAGCAAAAAGAACGACAUCAAUUUAAAGGCACAAUACUUAAUCAGUGACUGGCAACAAUGAUUAGUUCCAUCAUUUUAAGGCUGUGAACGGUAGACAUUUAUCACAUGUGAUAUUGUGUAAAGCCUCUUCUGUUUCCAUUUGGUGGGAAGCCUUAAAUUGAUCUGGAAAGAAUUCUUCAUUUUUCAUUUGUGCUUUUUUUAAAAAAAAAAAAUAACACAAAGAGGAAAACUAGAAUAUAUAUAUAUACAUAUAUAUAAAAAGUCAAAAUUGUAAUAACUGACCCAUUUCAAAGACUGUUUGGUGCUUCUGUCUUUCACCGUUGUGGUUGGCUGAAAAUCAUUCAGCUCACCUGGUGCAUCUGGGUUGAGUGGGAAAUUUUGUGUGUGUAGUAUGUGUGUGUUUGUGUGUGUAUGUGUGUGUGUGCCCAUAGCACACGUAUAUAUGUGUGUGUCCCUGCUGCAAAGUCUUGCCAGAGAUAUACAAAACUGAUGUAAGAUGGACUUGGAUUACGGAUUGGUUCAGCAGAGCAUGGGGGCAGGGGCUCUGGAGUGGCAGGGAAGGGAUGCCGCCUGCCCACGAGCCCUGGUUUGGGUGGCGAGACUCACAGCAGCAGCGGACUCCAGGCCUUAGAGGCCGUGCCAUUUGGGUGAGGAUUUGAUUCCACUGUUUAUUUUCUCAUUGUAUCAAGUUGAAUUUCUGCAGGUGUUGCAAGUAUGUUCAACCAUUUAAAAACUUUUUAUUUUUCAAAGUAUUGUUCCUUUAAAGAAUAUUUCUGUUCUAGGGCAUCAUUUCAAUCCCAUCGUAUCUCUACUUGGGCACAAAACAAAAAAAAAAAAAAAAAAGAAAAGAAAAAAAAUCACAAAAAAGAUAUAUAUAUAAGUAUAUAUAUAUAUAUAUAUAGACACACACAAUAUUUUUAAGUAAAUACUGUUAGUCUUUGCUGUGUGUAGCUGCGAUUUUUUUUCCAAAUAUAUACCUGUUUAGGGUGCAAGACCUCACAUUGAACUAUUCUUAACACAAGUUCAAUAACUGAGGGAUUUUUUUAAUGUUUGUGGAGUUUUUUUUUUUUAAAAAAAAACAAUUAUUAUUCAGUGAGGCUUCUCCUUCCCACCCCCUUCAUUGUUUAUCUAAAACCUUUUUUUUUAAAGAACAAGUUUCAAAUAUCAGUUGUGAAACUGAAUGCUCUCUUCUUUGUCUGGACUUCCUGGACUUCAUGCGUCCUUACUAAGCAUCGUGGUGCUGUCCUCUCCCCGUCCCUGACCCGGGGGUCCCCUCGGGCCUCCCUGGUGGGCAGGAGGAGGAGGAGCCCCUAACUCUAGGAAGCAGGACGAACAGAGCACACACAGGCAGCAAUGAAAACCAGCCAGGAGGGCUCUGCACGCCCAUCAAAGGACCCACCUGUGGGCCCCUGGAGAGUCACUUGGGAGUUGGAAUCUAGUCAGAGGCACUUUUCUGAAUCGCACCAGCCUGCUGCCUUUCAAGGGCUUCGUGCCUGAGCUCUGCGAUGUACUCUGCUAGGCUGGGGAAGGUGAGGCCAUUGGAGGGUUGGGCAUCCGCUUUAGCUGGUGGGGUCCCACCUGUUGUCUGCCUUGGGUCUAGGGCUCUGUGCACCUGGAGCUGGCCCAUGUCUGUCCUUAGCGCAUCUUCCUUGAAACGCCCUCAUGCAUCCCCUCGGGACUUCUGCCACUUCUGCUUGUGUGUCUGUUCUUGGAUUUCUUUCUUUCUUCCUUCUUUUUGUUUCAGCGCAGUCACAGGUUUUAAUUCGCCACCUCUAUUUCACUCUUGCACAAUUAGCACGUGUGUGUCCAUGUGUGUGCAUCCUGCCAUGUUUACAUGAAACUUACAAAGAGAACGGUAGAUGCUGAGCUGACCGGGAGCACCAGGAGUUGGGAUGGCAACUUCCAACUCAGGGAGGGCCUCCAGGGUCUUAGCCACUAGGAACAAAUGAGGAGAUCAUGGGACAUUUCAGCAAUCUUUUAAUUUCACACUUCUCACUUGAAAAGGCAUCCUCGCCCCUCCCUGGAACUCCUCCAUCAUGCCAGUACUUUCUUCACAAAGAAAAUGAAAAUAUACAUCUGUGAGCAGCAGCAGGGAAAGCUGGUUUUGUAGAGAUGCAGGAAAAGGAAGAAAAGCAAGGAAAGAAGUAGAGAGCAAGGCAUGGAAGAGGCAGGGGAGACCUGAUGGCAAGGACCAGGCCAGCGCUGUCCUCAGUGUCCUCUUGUCAUCAGCCUCUAGCAGCUCCCCACACUCCCAGUUACCCUGAAACUUUCUGGCAUCAUCUGCCCUGGGGUCCUUCCCCCGAGGCCCUUCCCCUUCCAGUGAAUGGUCCUGGGCGUCAAGGCAGGAUUCCAUACACACUCAGUGCUGAGACCACCUGGGGACCGUGUCUCCGGACCCAGAUGACUUUGGUCCUGAAAGCCCAGAUCCUUAAGGCCGCCCCAUGACAGGGUCGCUCUUUGUCCCACAGUGGGCAUCAGCAUUUAAUCUUUCAUUUGCCUGAGUCCCUGACAACCCUCCAGGGCUGCUGUUUCAGCUGCUUCCCAGAGGAAUGCCCGUGAUGUUUUUAGGUUUUUUUAAAAUUUUAAGUCUCUGGGCCCAUUUCUUUCCCAGGACUUCCUGAAGAAAAUCAAUCCAUUUCCAGUAUUAAGGCCUGGUAAGCACAUUGGUGCCCAGAGAUAGAGAAUACAAAAACUAUCUCCUUUUCAUUCCCUGAUGACUCCCCCAUCAAGUAUGCCCACUAAGCCCCAUAUUUUAUUCCUCUAACCACAUAGAAUAUUUGGCUCUACUUUUUCUUCUCAGAAAUGUGGUAGUAUUGCCAAACUAUAACGGUGUUAGAGUCCUUUCUGCAAACUCUGCUUCUCCCUUGCUCAGCAGGUCUGCCUCUUCUUCCAGCCUCUGCGUAAAAGGAAACUUCAGUCCCAUCAGAUGACAUCGGGAUGAUGUCCCCUGAGUUCACUGCCUGAAGCCUGUGACAUCCGGAAUGGGGGCUCCCUGUCUCUUCAGGCCAUGAUGUGGGGUGCUAGGGAGGCUUCAGACCAUCAGAUCAACCCCCUCUGGCCUCACUCACCCCAAAGCUUCCCAUGUCUCUAACACUCUCCUGCACUCUGCCUCUGGAAGGUGUCACCUGGUUCUGCAGGGUCAGGCUUGUCCCAGCAACAUGGGUACCAGGACACUGGUAGGACACUCACCCAAGCAGAUGUGGGGCCAGAAUGAAAGAGGCCCCAUCUCCCUUGCCCAGACAUGCUGCCAUCACAGCACACCCUUGGGCAGGGAAGAUGACAUUUCCCCAUGGCCUGGGGAUCCCCCACACCACACCUCCCAGGCACAGAAUCAUUCAAGACCACCCCAUGGUCCCCAUGGCUCUAACCCAGUCCCUCCACAGCGGUGGCCCCUCGGAAUCCCAUGAUCCUGUCUGGCCCGUGGUCAUGAAGGUGAUUCCCCUGGCUGGGGGGCGUCUCAUGCCAUGGAUGUCUGACCCUGCCCGGAUAUGAGUCUGAUUCUCAGAAAGAAUUUACAGGUUUUAGAAAAGCGCCAAUUUACAUCAUUUUCUCCAUUCUUCCUCCAGUUUUAUUCCCUCCCACUGCACAGUCAUGGGGGCAGAAAAGAAGGUCCCUGAUGUGGAUCUGGUUUGAAGCUGCACUGGGUGGGCCAUGGCCUCACUUCUUGCUGUACACCUAAACCCCUUUGCAGUCUUCACAAGCCAGGUAGAGGAAACACCACCUUUCUUUUCUCCUUCUGGUCUGCUGCUUGCUCAUGGAAGGGCUAGAACCAACCCCAAGCUUUGAUGCCCCCAGACCUUAGCACAGGGUCCUCUCUCCAUGAUCCAGGGACAGAGCAAGAAGAGCAUGACAGUGUGCAGGCUCAGAGCCUUGGGCUUGGAGCAAAGGAUAUCAGCUCCUAGAAGAGAAUGAAGCAGGCCAUAUUCUCAUGCUCCUGGCUCGCUCGGAUGAGCUGGGCUGGGGACUGUCACCCCGCAUUCGUUUGGCACAGAUGGUAGCAUUUUCUUUGCCAAGAAAAGUGGCUCCUUACUCAAAAUGAGCCCUUCCAGGCCUUGUAUGUGUGAUGACAGCUGCUCUGGAUGGUGGCUUCAUGAUUGAAGGAGGGGAAUCUCCCUGUGUACCUUUAAUUUGAUUUUCUUACCAAGAAGCUAAAAUCUAUUUUUUCUUUGCCAAACUGAAAAAUAUUAACACAACCAGAUUUGGUUGUGGAGGUUGAGAUUUAAAUUCGGAUAAUGUAAAAGGAAGAGAGCUUAUUGCCAUUAAUUUCACCAAGAUCCAUGUGAUACUCUCAGUGUGAACUAGGAAACCGUCAGGGAAAUCUGGAGGAGCUUAAGGGAGACCUGGGGAAGACUGCAGGAGUGAAAUGGAAGGACCCAGAGGGGUGGGCCCAGGGGCUGGACAAGUCUUACAGGGAACAGUUCUAUUCAUUUCACUUUCAAACAUUUAUUGGUCACUAGACCCUGUUGGGCAGCCCCCUUCAUCAAGCACAACACAGUUAUCCCUUAGGGAGUGAACGUAAAUCAAUGUUGGUUCCUCUUAUCAAGGUCCAGCUGAGAACCAGAUGAGCACAAUGGGAACCUCUUUAAGGUUCUGUCCCUUUCUCCUCAGCCCAAACUGGCCAUUGUCAUAGAAGCAACAUUCCAUUCUCACCCACGGUUCAACCUCCAGAACACGGAAGUGGCAGGGGCCAGCCAAUCACAGGUUACAAACCCAUGAGCUUGCAAGAGAACUUCCCCCAGCAUCCUCAAUCCAUGUGUGCCUGUCCCCAUUUCAAAGCAUGUAAAAAGAUAAAAAGGCAACUCUACCCUCCCAGAGAUUUUUUUCUAUCCCCCUUCACUGGGAAAAAAAGAUGAUGCUUAAUCUGAAUUCUUGCGGUGGCAACAGAAGCUCCUUUCUCACCCAUCCUUAGCUAUUCUAAACAUUUCACUUCUUGCUUAAACACUGCAUCUCAUGCUGUUGGCCAAAUAUCAAAAGACAAGGGUGCUGCCUUGAUCCUGCUGCAGCCUCCUUCCUUGGCUCGCCUGGUCCUGUCUGCCUUAUUCAGCUCUCCCUGGCACCAUCUGCUCCUUACUCCUGUGGCUUUCCUUGCACUGGCUGGCAGACCAUGGCUGGUAUAUCCUGGAGACAAAGGUCGUGAGUGCUAUUAAUGACAGCUCCCGAGGGCAGCAGACGGACCACUGUGGGAGUUCCUCCUGCUCUUGGCCAACACCUUGUGUCAAGAGCUAAGAAUAGACCACAUUGGACAUGAGCAGGCAGGACCUAGGGACACCUGCCCCAGGCUGCCCCAUCACAUGCAGAACAGUACGCAGGUCCCAGGAGGAGAUGCUGCCCUUGUCAUUCCCUAACACAAAUCCCAGGACGCCAACUACCCCUAAAAGUCAUUCUCAAACCAGUGAGGACAAAGAAAUAAUUUCCCUUUAGUGUAGUGCCAAUUGGUAAUCCAGUGCACAUCCCUCUGUAAGCAACAUUUGGCCAUCUGUCACGGUGGGUACAGACAACCCAUCAUCUGUUAGAUGAGCUCCCCAGUCUGUUUGUCCAUCUUCGACAUAGCUCUGGGAUCCUCGGGCUAGAGUGGGCUCGGGAGAUUUGUUUUAGCUGCAGACUUCCUAGGGGCUUUCCUUUAGACCCAGAAAGAUCAGGAAAUGUCACAGGCUGAUUCAGGGUCCCCACUGUGAUUGUGGAUAACUCACUUCACCUCUCGGUGCCUUGGUUUCUCCAUCUGUAAAGUGGAGAGAAAGAAGGCCAACCUCUUCCUUCUCUCCUGCUCAGGGAUGCUUGGAGGAUUCGUCAUGUUGCCUGUAGCAAAGCCGUCAAAUGAGAAAAAGUGGUGACCUCAUUUCUUGGGAAAUGGAACCACAGGAGGAGAGAGUGUUUUCCAGGUGCGGUGGCACCCGGAAGCCACAGGAUGAACAGGGAGCACGGCGGGACAGAGAGGAGUCUCACAUACCUGUAGUUCUUAGAGACUUCAUAGCACUGUGAACCCAGGUCAGUGGUACCCUGGUCAGGUGACCCUUGGUCACCUAUCUUGAGCCGGCCACUUGUAAUUCUAACACCAAAUCUCCUGAUGUUAAUUCUUCCUAAAGUAUCGGAGAAUGUAUAGAAAGAUGCAUUUGAACACUGAUAUUCAUUGAGCUUUGGGCAGACAAGAGGAGUGAGUGGAGAGUAUUUAGAGACUGUUUUUAAGGUGGUUGCAAGCUCUUCAGGAAAUCUCUCUCACCUUUGUUCUUCCUUCCAAUCUUUUUCAAUCUUGAUGCUCACCUCAUCAAAUGGACUCACCUUCUCUUUCCUUCUCUGCAGAGUACAGAAAAAGAAAAACACCGAAUCCUUUUCUUUUUAAACAAUUGUUCCAUCUGCCAAAAUGUGGGUCCCAAUGGUGGGUUUUCUUCCCUCCCUUGUGUGCUUUGAGCGGAACCUGCAGGCAAGGAUUCAGAGACAAACAGGACUGGAGAAUAGCACUAAUUUUUUUUUCUAAAACAAGGUAUUUUUUUCUUACAAUUCAAUUGGAAGUGUUACAUUGAAUUUCUUUUUCUUUCCUUUUUUUUUUCUUUUGACUAUGGUUUGACUGUUAUCAAUUCAAAUACCAAGAUACACUCUGAGCAAGAACACAGACCUGUCCUGAGAGCCUCUGCUCUUCUUCGGACCUAACCCGGAGUGAGGGCAGGUGGGAGCCCAGGAGGCACUGGGGUUCCAGGAGGGCCAGCCGUGAGGCUGAUUUUCUAUCAGCUCUGAGAACCUUCUUGGAAAGAAAAAUUCCAGAAACUUCAACUGUUCUGCAUCAGUCAACCUGGCUCUGGCCUUUUCCUUGGAGUUCAGGUGUAUUUUGAUAUAGAAAUUCUCACCAAGAAUAAAAGGCCCCUCCUGGAACUGUCCCUAAACGAGAUGGAGCUCACACGAGCAGGUCUCGGUGGCUGCUGCCAACGCCUCCUGCUCAUUCCCAGCGGAGCCCUGACCAGAACUCCUUUCCCUCCUGCUCUGACCCUGCUCUCUGAGGUUAAUAUGAUUGUUUUGGCAGCACAAGGGACGAGAUCAUAGUCUGGAAUUCAGGAAUGACUUGUGCUUGACCGUGCAUCUGACUGAUCUGUGGACAGGUCAAGUCCUGCUGGGAUGGUUUAUUUCCACAAGGUAUUUCUGAUAGUAACAAAAGGAGAGAAUACAUGAGACCUCAUACCUGAUUCUCCGUUCUCAUCAGCACCCGCUUUUGACUGGGAUGGACAGUGAAUGAACUGUCCCAAAUUUGAGAACAAGAACUUCGAAGAUGGACACAUGGAACCAUGGGGAACAACAGGACUCAGUAGAUGGGUAGGAAGAAUAGUGACGAAGAGGGAGGCUCCCGGAAGUAUGUGGGAGGAGAACAUUAGUGGCCAUCUAGGCAUUCCUUCCUAUACUCUCUGGGGCAAAACGAGAAAAACGUAUUCUUUUCAAACAGAGGAAAUUGAUUUUACGGAGUGACAUGCUUAAGCAUUUUAUUUCUUAAACAAAAGGGUCAGAGAAAACAUCUAAAGAAAGGAGAGGCACAUUCUCAAGAACAGAUUAUGAUAUUGGAAGUAAAAAAUCCAGGACUUUAUCCUUCUACAGACCUAAGUCAAGUCACUCUUAGGGCCAAUUUCUCUUUCUGUAAAAUGGGAAGAAUAUCGUUUACCUACCUCACAGGGGUGUUGUGAGGAUUAAGUAAUCAUGACUGGUAAAGUGCUUUGAAGAUAAAAGUAUUACGACGAUCAGGCUUGCUUCCUAUUUAAAAAUCUAAACACCAAUUGUGUGCAAGGUGCAGUGGAGGAAGGGAACAUAAUCCAGUUCCUCCACUCUCUUUCGAUUAAUGGAUAUAUUUUAAAAGAUUCCAAGAGGACAGAAUAACAGAGUUGUCUCAAUGUGGGUCAAGAAAGGAGUUCUGUUUCUGCCCCAGAAAAGCUACUCUCCUUUCCUUCUCAGAUAUUUAGACAAGAAGGAAGGGUUUUAAAUUCUUUGGCUUCCAUCAGAAAAUGCUCUUGUGGGAAGCAAACAAAUACUGGUUGUUCUACUUCCUUUGUGGGAAAAUGAAGGCAAAUAGCAGUGAAAAUUCCUUGUGACCAGCACAUAUGGUUCUUUAUUUCAGUUAUUCCUUAUAGGCUCAGCUUCAGUUUUGCCAUAGCCUUUUUCUUCUGUCUUCAGACCCAGAGAACAAUUCACUUAUGCUGUCCUGGAAUAGCUGGGGAUUUGGGGUUGGUUGGUUUCCUUGAAGAGUCUGGUAUACUGUUGUUUGCUGGAAAGUCUUGGCUUCCAAAGACAAGGGUCUUUACUCGAAAACAAAUCAAAACAUGUGACUGCCAUUUUUUUUUUUUUUUUUUUUUGGUGGGAGGAGUUUUCAAUUUCUUAGCUGCCUCACAUAAAGCAAAGCCUUUUAAAAUUUCUCAUUCAUUUUUCCAUGUGCAAAAAGUUCUUCCCUUCCCAAACAUACUCAGUGAACCAAGUCUGAAUUCUAAACUGUAGCACACGUUGAAGGAUUCAAAUUAUUUGUACAGUGCCAUGCUGGAGGUUCACAAAUUUCUACAAAGAGCCAAACCACCUACUGAGCUAAGCAGGUUGGAAUUCCAGCCCCAAAUCGAAGCUUUCUGGAAAUGCUCCCAGAGCCUUUUAGCUUUAGGAAUGUCCUUUCAGUAUUGCUAGGGCAGUCUCCCUGAACCCUCAGAAAUCUUCCUGCCACAGAAGAACAUCCUCAGAAGCCAGUGAGGGCUUCCUCUAUGUACUAGAACCAGAGAGAAGCCACUUGUUAUUUUGAAAAUCAUGAUAUGAUGCCAGCCUUUAAGGAAAGAAGAGAGUUACUUUCUUUUCCUUUCAGAGGGAAGAAAGGACUGGGAGAAAGGGAAGGUGAUUUGACUUGCUCUUUGGUUGCUGGAAGAGACGUGAGACUCAGAGGUCCAUGGUGGCCUGUACCGUGGACACGGGACUGCGGAGGCCCGUGGUGAGUUUCCUUAGGCAGCUGAGGUAGUGCUGAGGUGCUACGCUCCUUUCCUUUUAACCAAACCCAGGCUCAAGGAAAGGGGGGCCUCAGCUUUGGUGCUGCCAACUUGCCCAGAUCAUCCUGAGCAUCUCAGCCACGUCUCUGCCCCUCUCCAGCCUGUGUUCACCAGUGGGCCCCAGCGUUGACUCCAAAAGGCCUGCCUUCUUCGAGGCCCAUGCUUCCACGCACAUUGCUUCAGGUCCGAGCUGUCUGUCCAAAUGCAACCGCUGCAGCCUUUUCACUUGCCUUGACACCACUGUUGCUGCAUGCUUCCACCAAAUACGCCCCCACCCCUGCAGGAGCUGUCAUUUCACCCCCACUGAGAGGGCCUCCAGCAUUGCCCUAGGCCGCCAGCAUUGCCCUGGGCCUAGCCUGCCUGAAGCCCAGGACAGGCUCUGCUUCUUCCUUUUUUUAAAUCCAUGUGCCUUUAAAAGGCGUGGCCCUGGGUCCUCGUGGAGCCUUUAAGAAGUGGAGGGCUGGAGAGAGGAACAGGUGAUGUUACUUAGGCAGUUGGGACACUCACUGAUAACCUGUGAAGCUAAUGUGGACCAGUAAGUGAAAACGCUGUUUUCCCAAAGACUGGGCUGUCUAGGGCACUCGCUCUUCAAAAUAACAACAAUCCCUGUGAUGUGGUUGCUCACAUCUCCCUCUGCUGACCGCUAACCUCAUGGCACCUGCUCAUUGUUGAUGGCUUCGUUUGUAUUUGUUUGAAAUUAGCAUUGAUUUUUAAACUCCAGAGAGAGAGAGAAAGAGAGCUGAAAACCACAUAAACUCUGAGAUGAUCUGACAUUAUGAGAACAGAGGAGAGCAUGACCAUAUAACUACAUCCAAAGCUUAUUGAUCCAUCGAGAUACAUAAAUGUGCCUGUCUUGGGCAUAUUACUUGUAUGUAUUCAUAUGUAUCUUUUUCUUAAAGGGCUGAAACAGUUUGAUGAAACAGAGUAUUCUGAUGUUUAGGGCUCUUGCCGGGCUUGAAAUUGACCUAGGCUAGAUGGCUUUUUCCUUUCUCCCAGGCACAGGGUCAUGAAGAAACCCCUGAGCUGGUAUAUGCCUUCACUUCCUCCAUAAGUGACAGAAAGCCAAUAGCAGGGUUCUACUGGGACUUGAGAGAUUCUCUAGUUGCUACCAGUAUUCUCAGCAGAUUCACAGAACAACCUGGGAUCCACAGGAAGCAGUUUUCUAAACAACUCCUGGACAUUCUGGAAUGUAAAUCACACUGAGUACAUCCGAUCUAUUAGCGCAGUGGUCGCCACAGUAGGGGAAAAGAGGGGAGUGUGCUGUGGACAAGUAAGCUUGGACGUUACCACUCUGAGACUGGCCAGUGGUAGAUGAUCUUUGGCUGCCAAGAUCUCUGGCCAGUGACAACCAAACCUGCUCUGUCCAGCUCCUCUGCACCACCAAUCUCUGCAGGUGAAGUGGAGGCUGGCCCCUUGAAGCCAUGAGGACUCGGGGCAAGUGUCUUCCCUGCCUAAAUAUGAAGUCCUCCUGGCAUCUCUGGUAGACAGGGGACACUGCAGGGCAAUUGCUUUGUGGGAGGCAGAAUGCAUUUUUCAGCAGCUCUGGGUACCUCCCCACAGCAGCGGCAGCAUUGACAAUUCUGGGGUCCUCCAGAUAGACUUCAGCAGAAACCCAGGUGCCCACAGCAUGAAUAGCCACCCAGAGCCCCUUCUGCCCUCCGACAGAAUUGGCAUGACCUGGAGCGACACGCUACUUGGUUAUGUGGGAGAAGAGCGUUUCAGGUGAGCUGGAGGAAGCAGGUGCUCAUGCAGCAGGGCACGCUGAACCCUAAGUUUCUUUCUGGGGCAGGGUCUGGUUCUGGGCCUCCUCCUCUGGCUGGAGGAGCAAGGGAGGCCACCUGCAGUGUUGGGAUCCAUGGUCUCUGGAUGUUUCCGAUCCAGGCAGGGGCUUCAUAAGAGUCCACCUGGAAGACCUGGUGUCAGGUGUGAGGCAAUCACAGGGUCUGUCCAAGCCUGGAGAAACCCUUUCAAGCCCAGAUCCCCAGAGGUAACUUUGGAUCCCCUCCUUUAAACUGUCACAUGUGCACAGCCUGUGUUUCCUGACACUCAGGGUGUGGCAUACAGCCAGUGGCUCCAGACGGUCGUGCCAGCACCAUCCGUCCUGUCUCCUCCCCUCCAUCUCCUCUCCCUUCACCAGGCAUGGUAGCCGCAGUAGUGAGGACAACAAAUUGACUCUCUGCUUUCCCUACGAUGGCCAAAUACAUUCCAGCUUCCACAACCUCUUGUCUCCAACCCUGAUCCCCAUUGUACACAGUUUUCAUUAUCUUUUUCCUUACAUGGACUCUUUUGUGACAAGACAUGUUUUUAAGAAAUCUUUUUGUUUGGUUUUUCUGGUGUAACAGAAAAUUGGCUUCUUGGGGUAGGAAGAAAGAAAUAUGAAAAGGACAUGGGAAGAUGACAGUGUCAUGCUGGAAGGGUUGAUGGUGCCACCCUGCCUUCUACAUGGUGGUUUUCUUUUACUUUAAAAAAAUUACACAUUUGUUGCAGAAAAAAAGUUGGGGUUUGGAGAGUACGGAAAGAAGGCAAGAAGGAAGCGAGGAAAGAGAGAGAGAAGGGGAAGAAAGAAAGGAGCCCCCUUGGGUGUCACUGUCGUCUCCUGAUGUCUGGUGGUGGUUUGUUGUUUAAAGGAAAUCCAUUUUUCUCCCUGCAGCUGGGCUGAACUUUCCAGCACUUUCUGGCUCUGUGUGCGCCUGAGAACAGGCCACAAGGUCCUGGCUCUGGCCUCACUGACUUCACCCUGCAGGGUCAUUUUGGGCUUCUCCUGUGCCUGGUCACGGGCUCUCUCAACCCCUCCACCUGCCGCAGGGAGGCAGCCAGCAGAAGCCAGGAGACUGGAAUCCAAUCUCUCUUCUCAUAACGAUGGUGAUUUUCAUGGGCUUCUUUUUUGAAUUUGCUUAGCUUUUCUUGGAUACUUUUCUCCCAAGAAGCUUUUCCAUGUUCACUCUGUAAGGCUGAAGACGCUGCUAACUGACGCUCUCUAAAGCAAAACUAGUUGAACUUCUCAGGUAAUUCAAAGCCUCGAGUGCAUAUAAUUUGUAAUUUUCCCUAAAGGGCUAACAAAAUAGUCUCACUGCUCCUGUCCACCCUGAGCAUGGGCUGUCUGACAAACAGGUUUGUGUGUGUAUUUGUGGGUUUUCAGGAAGCAGAGUCAUAAACAUCAUUACUUUUGAGAUUCCAAAUAUUUCCCCCCCGCCACCAUGGAACCUGUGCUUGAGCAAGCACGCAUCCGUACGAGGAAAGGUUGAGAACCUGGCAACUCCAAGCUAAUGGCGGGUGCCCCUGUUCCUCUUCCAGUUUCUCUAGGACAGGAAGUUUGCUCACUGUGUGAAGUUUUAGUCACCGUAUGAAACUCACCCUUUCCAGCUGGGAUUCUUUCCUUCUUCCCUUUGCCUCCAUGUAUCUAAUCCUCAUGGUUGGUUCUUACAUCCUGAGAAGAGCUGAGUGAGUAGAAUAGAGCUUCCAAAGCUCAUACCAUGUUUUCCUUUACUCUGGAGUUUGCUGGUGUUAAAAAUAGUCUAUAGUAAACUAUAGGCUAAGGAGAAAGCCUGUGAGCUGGACCUUCCUAGAUGCAGGUUCAUGACCACCACCUGUUAACCAAAGUCUCGACCUAAAAGCAUAGAAAUGAGCCAAUUUCUAGCCUUCAUCUCUCUGGGGAAGAUCUCUGUGGAAGUGACUUAGCCAAAAUUUUAGGGGAGGGCUAGAAAAUACCUUGCCCUUGAUCACCCUCAAACUACACAGGUAUUGCUUAUUGAUACCCUGUGUGACAGGUCAGGGAGAGCCCUUAUGCAUGUGAUUGAUGACAUGCUAUGUAAUUAAUGCACCCUUUGGAUGGCGAAAGAAGCCCUUAUUCUUAAUUAGUUUAACUGAGCACCUAUUACAUGCAAAACAUAGUCUUUGCCCAUAGAUAAAGCCGGAGGGGAGGGAAGUACUGAAUGAAAAUUCCCAAGGUGUAAAGGCUAAGAGCAAAAUCUUCCCUUCCCACUCCUAGCAGCUCAGAAUGCACAUUGCCAUUUAGACUUCGCGUAGUACAGUUGCUGGACUGGUUCUUGGAGUACCAAGAACCUUAGAUCAUUGGAAAGGCAGAGGCAUGGAAGCCAGCAAAAUGGGCAGAGACCACUGUCCUAGAACCACAGGAAAAGACUCCCAGACACUCCAGUCUGUUAUUGUAGGUGUGUUGUGGAAAAUAGCCUAAGAGGAGACCCAGGGAAAGGGAGGUGGUGGUGAGGUGACUUUUCUGUUCCCAUGAAGGGGCUAAGGAAACCUCCUUGCAAAUGGAGAACUGGUCUGGCAGAAGUCUUUUGUUUGGCCCUGUUUUCCACACAGCAAAAGUAGACUUGGGUAAAUAAUUCAGAUUGUUGGAAGGUGAUAGGAAUCAUUUAUUUUCCUUAUACUGCACUUGGGAGCAUCACUUUUGGUAUAGACAAGCAUCAGAAUUUGAAAACCUAUUUUAGCUAAAACCUCCAGCUCAAGGAAAUAAGUAUAUCACAGAGGCUAUUGGGUGGGACCCCACCCCACCCAAUAAGCAGCCUCUUGUCUUUGAGAGAAGCAUUGGUCCACAUUUGGGAAGAAAGGCCCCAGCACAGGGAGCCAUUCUGAUCCUGGCCCCGGGUCUUCCUAUCUUGUCACCACCAGCUUGGACAGUGGAAAGUAAGUCGUGGGAGCCUGCAGUUCACACCAGCAUGGCCAGUUGACCUCCCUUGUCCAGCCCAGACCUAGAGUCAGGAAGGACAAUGACUGGAGAGAACGCUGGGCCCCUGUAUCCCCCACACCAUGUUCAGAUCUUCCUGACACAGAUACAGGUUCCUCAUUCCCACGUGGGACGUGGCUCCCUUCCUGGAAGGAGAAACCUAGGACGGAAUAUUUCAAGGCCGGCAAGUAUGCUAAUAAAAAUUAAAAUGCCGUUUAAUAUCCACUCUGCAGUCCUCCACUGCCUCCUCUCCUUUUCUGGUUCAUCAGUGGCACAUUUAACUCUUGGUGCUCCAGAUGGCCAAUGACUUCCAUUUUCUUGGCCAGACUAUGAGGAUGGAGUAAUGUUGACUCAAAGUCAACACCCAUGGUUCUCAGCUAUGUGGACAGAUGUGGACAUCUGUCUGUCCUCAUUAAUCUAGACCUGGUGCUAUUUGUGGCAAAUUGUGCCUAUGGAUGUAAUUUCCUUCAUUUUCUUUCUUUCUUUUUUUUUUUUCAAUUGCAUUGCAACUGAGUAAUUAUGCUAGAAAGACAGAUUUCCAUGUAGGGCUUUCCUUAGCACAAGACUUUUUUUUUUUUUUUUUUUCUUCCUGUUUUAGGAGAGCUGGGUUUUCAGUGUCUGAGACCCCUUAUUUUUAAAAGAAAAAAAAGAAACUGUUUUUCUUUUCUAUUAGCCAAAAAGAAAAUUGCAUUAAAAACAACAACGUCAUGCUCUUUCUUCCCUCUCUCCCUGCUGAGUUUGAAGGGACAGAUGCACAUGGGCUGGGAGCUUUUGAAUCAGUUGCUCAAAAGACUUUUCUGUUCCCCCACCAUGGCGAGGUCAGGGCAGUGACAACACACAAUUUAACUUCUCGAACCUUGUGGUGCCUUUUCUCGUGGUGCUUCUCUGUUGUGUAACUCCACUCAAGGCGGCCACUUGCAGCAAACAGCAAUGCCAGCAAAUGGUAUUAUGUGCCAGUGCAGUAAAAGACUUUAAUGUAUAAAUAUAUACAUAGAUAUAGAUAUAGAUAUAUCACUAUAGUUAUAUAACUAUAUAAUUGAGGUUCUGAUGCAGCUUUGGUGGGAGUUGAUCAUUCCUCUGCAAAAAUAUAUACUACUCAACUGGAACUAAUGGCUCUCUUGAGGGUAUUGACAUUUGGGAAAGGCACAACAGAUGAGAUGGGUUACUCUCCUGUGACAAGUUUUCUUCAUCCUUCUUGUGAAAGUUGCUGUCUCCAUAGCACAGAAUAUUUGAUAAGGGAGCAAAGUGCAGCUUCUUUUGAACUUCCUUUGGUGCUGAUAUAUAUUUCUUUUAAUUCUUUGUUUGUUUUGCUUCCCCAUUAGUGGCCAAUAAGCUGCUUUCCCCAAAAUCUUGACUCACCAAUCAAAGGUGGCAGGGGACAGUUUGGGAAUAAGAGGCUGGAAGUUGGGCAUCCCUCACUUCGUGUCCUGACUCAGUUUUCCCUGUGACCUGCAUAAAGCCCACACGUGGGUUCUCCAUCUACAAUGAGUAUCAUAAUAUUUACUUACCUCAUGGGGAAGAGUAACUUAAAAGGAUUAAUUGAUGAUACUGAAUCACUAGAUCAUUAUUAAUUUGGAGACAGCAACUUGACAUGUUUUUAAGAUUUUGUUUAUAUGUUGCUAAGACUUAAAUCUUGGGGUUUGGUUUUGUUCGCCUCUCGUUUCUCCAUCUCUGCUAUGUUUUCUGUCCUGCCUUUGGCAAUACCUUAAAUAUUCUGUAACUGGUGGAGAUUCGCCUAGGGCGUUGGGUAGUGCUAAUUUCUCCCAAGGGAACAACAUCACUAAUACUGUAUAAGGUGCUAGAAUCAAACCUCAUUUUAUAUACUUUGGUUCUUAGAGAAAAACAAAACAUGCAGAAUUCUUUCUGUGAAGCCUUACUAUAGAUUGCUAUAGCCAAUUGUUUAUCCAAAAAGUGAGACAGAGAGAAUAGAAAAUAAAGAUAAGAUGCAGAGGUUCUGUAUAAAGUGUAACGAAAAGACCUUUGCUAUUUCUUAUAUUAAUGUAAACUAUCAUAUAUAUAUUUAUAUACAUAUAUAUAUGCUUGAGGCAGAUAGAAUGGGAAAAUGUACAGUAUGGUCAUCUUUAUUUUGUCGGUUAAUUCACAACUUUUAGUAUGUGUACAAGAGAGGUUUACGGUGGGGAUGGGAUAAGGGAUGCCCAGUGUGAGAUGGGAAAUCAUUCAUCUUUCUGUUCUGUUCCACAUGCUAGUAGAAGGAAUAGGCUGAAUGAGAGGAAAGGGGAAUAAAUCAAGACAUAGAUGUGCUUUUUAAAUGUUCGGAGCACUGAUGUUAUGCUUUUGUGUUGUUUCUUCUUUAUUCCAAGAUUUCUCUACAGUGCUGUAAAAUUGUCCCCUGCCUAGGGCGUUAACUAAUAAUGUUUACCUCAAGAAAGUUUUUUUUUUUUUUAAAAAGAGGCAGUUGUUUUUCCCAUCUCUUAAAAAAUAGUGUCCCCCUAACCAAAAGGAGAGGCAUUUCCACAGAAGUUCAGCAAGAGAAGAGAGCCAUUUCUGAGGCUUUCCUUCAUGUCCCCAUCCUUUUCCACCACACCCCACCCCCUUUAGUUACUAAUGAAAGAAUCCAAGAGAUGAGUUUUGACCAGAAGUGGGUUAGGAUGUGAUAAAAGUAUAUGAUGGGUGAAUAUAAACUUUGCCAGAACUAGUGGUGUGGGGUCCUUUCAAAGGAUGGGUGUGUACUUCAGGUGUUUCGUGCUAGCAUGCGUGUGUGUGUGUGUGUGUGUGUGUGUACUGUAUAUAUGUUUCAGUGUAUGAAAUGUCUGGUGGACAGAGAACAAAAUACCGCAAACAGAAAUGAACAGGAAAAAAUAUAUAUCAAAUGCUAUUUUAUCAGAUGUUGCACUUGUUCACCUUGAUGAGAAGCCACUGUUUCACAACUAUGCAAUCUUCCAGUUAUUCUCCCGACCCCUUCACCUUAGAUUUCCAAACUGUUUUCCAUAACCCUCACAGAUUUUUUUCCUUUCUACAAGAACCACAAUAUCCAAUCCCUGGUUCAAGGUGAGCAUGCUACAGUGAUUCUUUUCCUAAAUUUAAAAGCUAAAGAAAAAAUAAUUUCCUUUUCUUUAAUUGGAAAUGGUUCAAUGUAACCUCGUUUGGUUCUGUAAGUGAACUGAUGUGUAUUUUCUGUUUCGGUUCCAUGUUUACAACUUGUUUUCAUCCUCUUCUUGGUUCAAAAUAUUUAUUUUCUUUAUAGAUUCUACUUUUUACAUAUGUUUUGGGGAUGUGUUAACUUAAGGCAAGAAGAAAAAUUUGGCUUAAGUGGAAAAAUGAGCAUGCGACCUCUGGGACCGGGGGAGGGAGAUCGUGUGUACCUGCAGCUGAAUUAGUACCUACAUCAUGGUCCUGAGUCAAGACCAUGGCAGGGAAUCUGGUUGACUCGGGGGAGGACCUGACCUAGGUGUUUUUCUUUCCUUAUUUGUGGUCAUCUCUAUGGAGUAACCUAUCCCCAGAGGAUGGACUAGUAUUUUCUGCCUUAGCUUUAGGCCAACUGUGUCCUUCCUAGCUACUCCACCCAGUGCCAAAUCCCAUGUCCCUUCUGUUGCACCAUGGACUCCUAAUACCUCUCCUCCCCCGCCAGCCACUGAUGACAACUUGCCCGCGUGGGGUUAAUGCAUCUGCUUUCAUUUAGAAAGUUAGAUAUAAAGGGAAUCUUUGAGAGCCCAAUGUCAAAAGUGCUCAGGAAAUUGGUUCUAGACUGCGUGCCAUUUGGAAGCAUUUGAAACAUACUGAUAGCUGCAGAGGAGAGCAGCAGUUUCUAGCACAUUUACAAACUACCAUCAAGCCAGUUCGGCUGAGCAAGACUUUGAGAGGUUUUUAAAAAAUAGUUGAGAGAAAGAAGAGAGGUCACAGGGUUACACAAAGCACAAACUCGGCAGGGGAAGCCCUGUAUGCAGAAGGCAGCUUUGCAACUUUUCUGGUUGUCUGCACAAGUCUGAGUUUUGCACAUGGUUUACAAAUCUUGCACAAGGUGGCCGAGCCAUCCAAGACAGUUUUAAAAAAAGAAAUCCAGACACUGCCUAACUGCUCCAGCACAACAUGCUUCCACUCGGCGGCCGGCGGGUGGGAGCUUAGAUGAAAUUUCUUUGGAACGGAGAAGGAAGUCAGUCCUUUGAUGAGGUGCAUUGUCUCUAGUGGCCUCAUUCCUUGCCUCCCCCAGUCCUGCAUAUUCUCUUAGCUACUCAGGGGAUCUGAACAAAGAGCUAUUUAUUUACUUUUGUCUUGUUCCAUAGAUCACAUCUGCUGAGACCCAUCCUGGGAAUUUCUCAUUCAUUCUUUGGUUUUCUUCCUUAUAUAUUAUAGGAAUAAAGGGUUCCUCUUCUCCUUCAAGUGAGUAUUUUGGAGACUUUCAGAGCUGUCCUGGGGCCUGGCCCUGCAUAACCAGACCCCAAGAAGCUUCCCCAAAGCUGACUUGUCUUUAAGGCUCAGGAAGUCCACAGGGGAUCUGUUCCAGGACACCAUGGAAUUUCCCAACUCCUGGCCUUCCCUAAAAAUCAGCUGUAGAUUUAGAGGGGCCUCUUGGAGGUUGCCAGGGUCUGGGCCUGUGACCCCAGUCCCCUCUAGCCUGCCCCAUCGGCACUCAAGCCUCUGGGUCUUCACUCACCUUGGGCAGAGUGAAGAGUGGCCAAAAGUUGAAAGUGGUUGAGAUCCCUCACUCCUUGCUUGCCCAGAGCUAAAUCAAAGUGCCCAAUACCCAUUCGGGGACUGUGACAACCUGCCUCUCUGGGAAGGGACAUGCCCACUGCUGCAGUCUGUGCCAUUGUUGAGUUUCUGCCUGAAUCUAGACCCAGGAAACCUGCCUGUUCAGAAGCCUGACAAUUCAUUCCCAGUGUAAACAGAGCCUUUGCUGGAAAAAUCUUCCCCAUCAGAGUGGAUGAGUCUGACCCUGUGCUAUGUGGGUUCUUGCCAUCCACUGAACCCUGAGAUCCUACGUGGCCCAUGGAUGUGCAGUCCUGAAUGCCAGGCCAGAGAGGUCAGGGGCGGCCCAGAGCCCUGCAGGGCUGGCUGCUUCUGAAGAAGGAAUCUGGUCAGAGAUGUUGUGCUUCCCCUGAUAGGAGUAGGAGACAGUUCCGUUAGAGGAAAGAAGCGUUUAGAAUUACUGGGGUCUCAGGAAUGUCAUGUGUCAGAACCAGUCCAGUGUGGUGUCAGCAGGUGACAUCAGUGACACAGAGCAGAGCCCUCUUGGGGAGGACGAGAGGACCAAGAAUCUGCUGACAGUAACCAAGGACCACGGAUGUAUCAGGCUCUCUGCCCGAUGCCUCCAUACAAAUCAUCUUCUCUAAAUCCUGGGGAUCAUCUGGUGAGGUGAGACAUCCCACCCCAUUUUACAAAUGGGGAAACCGAGGCUCAGGGAGUCUUCACACUUGCACAGGGUCCCAUGGUCAGUUGGGGGUUCAGCUGGGGGCAGACCUCGGUAUCUCAGUUCUGCUUCAUCCCUAGUGGUCCUACUCCUCUUCCAGGUGAGCUCCAUCUCAUCCCUCUCCCCAUAGCUCACAAACACCAGGGAGCUCACAGUGCCUGGCAUGGAAUGUUUGGGACUAAAUCCAGGAAGCCUGAGCGGUUUUGUUUGCAUUCAGUUGGCCAGAGAAGCUAGGAGAAGAGUGGGAAAAAUUCAGGGACGAUUAAUGAAAUACAGUGU